UGAUGGAUCAGUGUUUCUCCAUGGUGAACACCCUGUUUGCGGACUUAAAAUGUUUUGUCAUUGUGUGAUUCAUUCUAAUGACCCUCCACUGCAACUUCAGUACCUCAAAUCGAUGUAAUAUGAACGGUGUUAACAAUGGGGUUAUCGUCAUCCCAGUGAUCCUUGGGAUUUCAUCUGUGGUUCUGAUCUCUGUAAUCAUAUGGAAGACUUGUAAAAUGAAGAAGGAGAGGGACCAUGCCCCAGUUAUCCUUCUGCAAGACAAAUCUGAAUCUGGAUAUCAGAAGGAGAAUGAAAAUGGAUUAAUAUCAAAUGCAAUCGAACGGAUUCUGGCAACCAAGGAUCCCUGUCUAAAGCGGUGGGAAAUAUCACCAGAGCACGUACUUGGCAAUUUGGAAUAUACGCAGAGUGGGAGUUAUGGACCAAUUUAUACAGCCAAUAUCCGCUCUCCAGAUGGAACUGGAGAAGUGAGAGCUGUGUUAAAGUCUCUUCAUGAUAAUGCAGGUGCAAACGAACUGAGUGACUUCCUGGAGCUGGUGAAGUUCCACACAAAGAUCUGUCAUCAUGAGUGCAUUGUGAAGCUGCUGGGAUGUCAAACUGAGAGAAUGCCCCUGUGCUUGUUCCUGGAGUUCAUGAGUGGGGGCAAUCUAUUGCACACCUUGUGGAAACUUCGUGAGAGUGAAGCUCAAGAUGGAGGAAGGGAAUUUAACCUCACCAAACGAAGUGCUUAUAGCAUCGCAGAGCAAGUAGCAUGUGGACUGGAAUAUCUGAAUACAAAGCACCACCUAAUCCAUGGGGAUGUUGCUGCCAGGAACAUUUUGAUCCACAGCGAUCUCACUGUUAAGCUAACUGGCCUGAGCCUGGCCUUUGAUGUUUACAAAACUAGAACUCUGUCAUCCCACAAAGCAGCCCAGGUUCCCAUUAAAUGGCUUGCACCGGAGCGAAUCAUGAAGCUGCCAAUCACAGAAAAGAGUGACACGUGGUCAUUUGGGAUUCUUGUCUAUGAAAUAAUCACUCUGGGUUCUCCUCCGUAUCCUGAGUUUCAGCCUCUAGAAGUUUUUACAAAACUGCAGAGAAAUUACAGAAUGCCCAAGCCAUCUACCAGCAGCAAUGCUCUAUAUGACUUGAUGAAACAAUGCUGGCAGUGGAAAGCGUAUGAUCGUCCAAACUGGUCAGAGCUGAUCAAUAAACUGAAUUCCUUGAUGAAUACAGCUGAUGGAGCUGAAUUGCUGCAGGUAGCUGACAGCCUGGACCUGGACGAAUACAAACAUACUGCUGGGGUUUUCUAAUGAGAAGGAUGUGCAAAUGCAGCUGGACUAGGACCAUUUCAGAACUGGAAGUGGUUGGAGCUAUGUGCUCAUUACAGACCAUGAGUGUUAAUCUCAGUGGCAGUAUACUGUCUGCAUGUGGAAUUGGGAAUUGCACUCUGGAGGCCAGAACCAAAACAUGUGAAUGGUUUGGAUUAUGCAAUGAUUAAUCCAAUACUGAGUUGUGACUGCAGACUUGGAGGAACUUUCUAAAGAUGAGAAUACCAAGCAACAAAAGGUUACAUUGUUGUCGGUGAAAUUCAGUGAUUGCUUGAAUCUAAAUACAAAGCCACUUACAAAUCCAGCGCUCUAUUCAUCUGAGCCUGAUUCUUUUUUUCUUGUGAUCAUUGUCAUUUAUUAAAUCAACCAGCUAGAGCUAUACACUAGCAAAAUUCACAGAACAUGGCAGUAUGUACUAAUUGUAAAGAAAAUGACACCAGUAAAGUUUCAUGAGCUAUUAUGCUAAAGUUAUAAUAGUUGUGUAAGUUAUAAUUAUUACAUCAUCAGAGAAAUGAACUUUAUCCUUUGAAGAAAACAGAAUCAAAUUCUAUGCCAAGAUUUGUCUCCAGUUUAUUUCACUAGUAAUAUACCUGCAACUAGUAACUACCUGCAACUAGUUUUUCAUUUCAAUGAUAGGUGUUUGGGCUAUCUGUACUAACCUAAAAUGUUAACACACAUUAGACUCUGAUAGAAAAUUGGUUACACUUGGAGACAAUACAACUCAGGGAUAAGAUCCUAUGCAUCGGUGAUGAAAACAACCAGGGAGAAUGAAGAGUCCUUAAAGUUGAAUCUCAGUUGCUAUGCCCCAAUCUUGUCUUUUGAGUUACUGAUUUAAAAAAGAUGAAGUGAAACGUGCAUAUCAUAUUAGUCAAGUAACACCCUUUGGUCAAUGGAGAGUUAAA